AUGUCAACGAUAGAGACGACGUCUGAAGACCCAAUUCCAUCAGAGGAGACGACAACAGAUGAUUCAAUUGGAAAUGACACUUUUGUUGUCACGUAUUCUGAAGAAUUGGCUAACUCAUUCACCGGAGAUCUCAUCCAACUCAUCAUCUACUUCCACAUCUUACCCGUCGUCACUACCAUCAUGUUCGCCUUGACAAUUCACAACUGUCUCAAACGAAAAGCAGAACAACGGAGACUACGAAUGAAGACACAAAUGUACGAUCAUUUCACCCAGAUAAUACAAAACGGAUUCUGUAAAUAUUGCUAUCCAUCGAAAGAAUUUUACGAAGAAGGUCACACCAGGGAGAAAGUGGUGCCAGGAUGUCCGGAGAUCCCAAAUAAAAAUGAGACGACGGCGACUGGGACUCCACCGAAUCAAUCAACGGAUCAAUCGACUAGUGCUUCAGCUCUCAAUAUCGCUUCCCCCGCACCAAAACCAGCACCACCGUAUGGUACAGUAGGAAUUCCGACGGAAAGAACACCAAUGCCACUGUCUAAGAAGAUGAUGAAGAAGGUUCGAAAAGAGAAAAAAGAACAAGACGAGAAAGCGUUCAAGUUCAAAGAUAGAGGACCCAUUGUAUUCCAUACUCAAAAUGUUGUUGCUGCAGAUUUAAUGAUUGAAGAAAGGAAAGAAAAAGAUAUUAAGAUCAAAAAAGUGAAAUGGGAUGAGAAACCGAUUAAUUCGUACGAGACGGGAUUGAGUGUCGAUCAAGUUGAUAUACCAACACCGAGUACGAAAGGAGACACUUACUCUUCUAUCAUGACCGCCUCAAUUAAACAAUUGAAACCUCACUAA